AUGCUUUCAAAUCAGGGCAACCUCAUCGUGGCCAACGCUGCCCUGACAGCCUGCGAGCGUCAGAUGCGGUGGCAGCAAACCUUUGAGCUCUGGCAGGGCAUUGCUGGGCUCGCCCUGCAGCCCGAUGUCGUGUCCAUCUCGGCUGCCCUCACAGCGUGCAGUACGGCCACGAGGUGGGAAAAGGCACUGGCGCUCUUUGCCACCAUGCCAAGAAUACGCCUCGACCGGGAUUUGGUGGCGUACUCUUCUGCGAUGGCGGCCCUCGACCGCUGUGGUCUCUGGGAAGCAGCUCUGGCGUUCCUCGCAGAGCUGGACGAGCAAACAACGGUCCCAGAUGUCGUCUGCUUCGGCGCGGCCGUGAGCGCGUGCGAGAAGGCCGCGCGCUGGCAAGAAGCCCUGGCGCUCAUCGACGACAUGCACCAUCGGCUGCUGCGGGCUAACCUGGUCAUCUACAAUGCCGCCAUCUCGCUGUGGGCGGAGGGUCUCAGUCUGCUUCGCCAUCUGCGCCGGGCCCUGCUCCUCCCAGAUGUCAUCUCGCAAUCUGCGGCGCUCUCGGCGUGCGAGAAGGCGAUUCAGUGGAAGAGGGGGCUCUCUCUUCUGGCGUCUUUUCCCAGAGCCCAGCUGCUCCCCAACAUCGUGAGCUUCUCCGCGGCCAUCAGUACCUGCGAAAAACAGGGGAAGUGGCGCAUCGCCCUCAGUUUGAAAGACUUUCUCCAGCGGAGAAGCACGGAACCCAACGCCAUCAGCUACAAUGCAGCCAUCAGUGCAUGC